AUGACCAUCCAACCUAAAGUCAAAACAGGUGGUCCAUUUACUUGGACUCAAAUUCAACAAAUUGUAAAUACAAAUCAAUUGGAAUCAUUUGCCAGAAGCGAAGAGCAAUACCACAGUUAUCAAAAAUUCAAACAUGAUUUGUCAUCGCAAGGUAUAACCAUAAAUGAUCACGUACUUAAAGAUGAAUUGCAAUGGAAACAAGCUGAUAUUCGACAUCAAACUUCGACACCGUCACCACCAGAAUACACAAUAUCGCAACCACAAGACCUUAUAUUUUACAAUGAUAACGAUAUAAAGAUCAUCUUCAACAAGUUCCCAUAUUAUUUUGAAAAUUCAGUGGUUCAUUUAUGCAUUUGGUCGAAAUUAACCAUCCCCAAUGAUGUCAAUUCAUCAGUGGGAGAUAUAUCCCCAUUAACUAAGCGUAUAAUUGAACGAUAUUUACAAAAGACAUUUAUCGAUAAAGGUAUACCAAAAGAAAACUUGGUAUGGUUCAGAAAUUGGUCAAGUUUACAAAGUAUUCGAAGCGUUAGUCAUAUUCAUGUACUUUUACGUAGUGCUGAUGAGCAUUUUAUUCGAAAAAUUAUCGGAACUUCGGGAACUACUUUAUCAUUGGAUGAUUACAAAGAGAUAUUGAAUGAAUAG